GUAGUCCAGUUUCGAGUGACACUAGUUUCGGGUGGUGCUCUACUCACGAGAGACCCCAGAGUUUAUUUAUUUUACGCUAUUAUUGUUUUUUUCUUUUUUUUUUCUCCGUACACACGCGGUAAUACACGUAACGCAACGAUGUUUACGACGUGAGUGUACCGAUUUCGGGUUCGUCCGACCGGUGUCCAGCGUGAUUUACAUAGUAUUCCGGGUGAUACUUUGUCGGUUAAGUCGCGAAAGUGGCUCUCUCGGUGACGGCCGCUUCGUCGGCGGCAUCAGCCGUGUUCUCGGAGAGCUCUGGCGACCUGCUGCCGGAGCUUAACAGUGCGGACCUUGCGAUGUCCUUGAGCCCCAAACCGCACCACCAUCAUCACCACAGCCAUCACACGGCCCACACAACACCGUUCUCCGUCACCGACAUACUCAGCCCCAUCGAGGAGUACCGCAAACUGGAGCUGUGCGGUUCUCCGUCACCGUAUCACCGGUCCAGCACGGCCGGCAGCACAGGAGGUAGCGCAUCCGGCAGUCCCGGCGCGAUGUCCGUAGGCGGCGGCCAGAACGGCAACGGACCCAACACGGCUCCGGCCGCGGCCAGCUGGCACGUACACCCACAAUUCCCGGCACCGCCGCCGCCACCUCCUCAAUAUUGUCAACCGGACAUGGUUACCGGUUAUGGAAACUCCACCACGUGGUACGGGGCGCCGACUAACGACCCGAGAUUUGCCAUUACGCGAUUGAUGGGCUCAUCAAACACCUCGAUGAACGGCAUGACAAAUAUGGGAUGCGAUACAAAACCUCCUCUCCAGUUUCCUCUCACUCAGAGGCGAAAAAGAAGAGUGCUUUUCACCCAAGCUCAAGUUUAUGAAUUGGAACGAAGGUUUAAACAACAAAAAUAUUUGUCAGCGCCAGAACGCGAACACUUAGCCAGUUUGAUCCAUUUAACUCCUACACAAGUUAAAAUUUGGUUUCAAAAUCAUCGGUACAAAUGCAAGCGUCAAGCGAAAGAAAAAGCCAUGGCCGAACAAAACGCACAAAAUCAGGCUCAGAGCUCGCCACGCCGAGUGGCCGUGCCUGUAUUGGUCAAGGACGGAAAACCGUGUUCUGGCACGUCGGACUCUUCGAGCCAGCAUGCCGCGCAGGGCGUUAACAACAAUUGCAACGGUCACAGUCCGGUCAUGCACCACGGCGGACAUGUGCCCGUCGCCGUGCACCCGCACCACCACGGUCACCAUCAUCACCACGGUUCGCCAAACGUUGGACAUCACCAACAACAGCAUCAAUCGCAACAUCAGCUGUUGGGCAACGCCGCGAUGCCGUACCCGAGACAGAACGUCGGGCAACAUCAUCAUCAACAACAAAACAUGUCCUAUUUAUCGUUACAAGGUCGUGCGUGGUGAGCCAACACACCGUUCUGCACGUGUCAUCUACCAUAUAAGUAAACAUACAUCUUAUUUUUUUUGUGUAUACAAUUUUUAACCGACGCUGCAUACACGCACACGCCAAUAGAAACAACUUAAAAGAAUUAAAAACAUAGCUACCGUUUAUUUGUUAUUGACCCCCCUUCCCCCCACUGCAUGUGCAAAUACCAUCCAUUCCCACCAUACAUUUCCGUUUUGAGUUUUUGACUACUUAUAAAAUAAACUACCUCUGAUAAGAUUACUUAAUUUAUUUCUAAAGCGUGUAAGGUUCAUUACAACACGUAUUUUGAUAAUUGAAUCCUGUAUAAUAGACCUAGCUACUUAAUUUAUUGCGCUGAUUCAAACCAUUUUAAUUGGUGCGGAAAACAGCCGUCAUAAGUAAUAUAAAUAAUAUACAUAUAUACGCAAUUAUGUAUAAUAAUAUUAUUUAUAAUAAUAUUAUUAGACAAAGUUAAUGUCAUUUGCGUGUGUUUUACUAAAAUAUGGUAUAAUUUAUUUAAUUUGAAAUGCCUGUGAUAGUUUCACUUUGACCUUUUAAAAUGAUAAGUAUUAUUUAUAUAGUGAUUGUUUGAAACGAAAUAUUUUAAUUUAUUAUACUUAUUAGCAAUACAAAUACAAAGAACUGUCUUUUUUUUUAGUGUUUUUUGCACUGUAUGUAAAAUGGUAUAAAUGGUACCUACAAAUUGAUUGUCAAGUAUAUUUAAUAGUAUUGUAAUUUGUAUAUAGGGUUUAAAACCAGAUUACAUAAUAAUAAUAAUAGACAUGUAACAUUUAACUGUAAAAAGACAAAACGAUGUAUAAAAGACUUAACUAAAUAUUAUCUAAGUGUAGAUAUAUGGAUUUUUCUUAUGGAUACUAUGUUUAAAAAUUAGUUCUACCUAUUGUAUGUAAAAUAAAAAUAAUAUAACCUAUAAUAUGUAAAUUACUAUUUAUAUUUUACGUAGAUAUAUGUAUAUUAGCGUAUAUUUAUGUUAUAAUACCGUCGUUAAUUUAUGAACAAUUGACAAUUGUUAAAUGUUUAGCGUUUGGUAAUGUCACGCACCUAUACAAAUAUAAUAGACGUACCUAUUAAAUGAUAUAUUGCAAGUAUUUGUUGAUAUUCCGUUGAUAGUAUUCUAGAUUUUCUUGCGCUGUGACGCGCAUCCUAGAUGGCCAAACACAUAAGUAAAAUGUAAAUUGUAGUGUAUAUAUAUUAUACAUAUACAACUAAAUAUUAUAAGGACCCCAUCACUGUCGUAUUGUAUUUUUUUAAUGAUUUUUUGUCAAAAUACAUAGGUGCAAUUCAAUUUUUAACUUGGGGGGGCUGGAAAUUUUAUUUAAAUAUAUAUAUAUAUAAGUAAAUAUACUUUUGUAUUUCAAAAUUGUAUGCAUAACCUAAUUUUUUUGGGGGGGCUAAGCCCACCCUAGCCCCCCCGUAUUUGCGCCUAUGUCAAAAUAUGUAAAACUUUUUCAUUUUUUUUUGUAAAAAUUAUAAUUAAUGUAUAAUAUGUGAAUGUAUUUAAAUAAACGAAUAGCCAAACGAA